AUGAGUUCCAGCGAAGGCGAAAUACUUCAACCAUGUCAGAUUAUCCGAGAACGAUGGAAAAUCAAGAUGAAAAUUGGAGGUGGCGGCUUUGGCGAAAUUUACGAAGCUACCGAUUUGCAAAAUCAUAAUGAAAGAGUGGCGAUGAAAGUGGAAUCUAGUAAAGCUACCAAACAAGUACUUAAGAUGGAAGUUGCAGUAUUAAGAAGGCUUCAGGGAAAACGACAUGCGUGCAAAUUUUACGGGUGUGGACGAAAUGAUAAAUUUAAUUAUUUGGUAAUGAGCUUGCAAGGGAAAAAUUUAGCUGAUUUACGUCGUGAAUCACCCAGCCAAUCAUUCUCAUUAUCAACGGCAAUCCGAAUUGGAUUACAAAUUCUGAAUGCUAUCCGGGAAAUACAUUCUAUCGGUUUUUUACAUCGUGAUAUCAAACCUUCAAAUUUUGCAAUGGGUCGAACAAAUGCUACAUGUAAAAUGGUUUUUAUGCUUGAUUUUGGUCUUGCACGACAAUAUCUUAAUGCAAAAGGUGAAAUUCGAAGUCCAAGAAGUGCAGCUGGUUUCCGAGGUACCAUACGAUAUGCUGCUGUUUCAGCUCAUAAAAAUAGGGAAAUGGGUCGACAAGAUGAUCUAUGGUCACUAUUUUAUAUGUUAGUGGAAUUUCUUCAAGGUUCCUUGCCAUGGAGGAAGAUUAAGGAUAAGGAUGAAGUGGGUCGAAUGAAGGAAGAAAUGAAUUUAAAUGUUUUGUUAAAUGGUUGUCCAAGAGAAUUGCAUGAUUUUGCGGCAUAUCUGAAAACACUUGGUUAUCCGGAUGAACCUAGUUACGAAUUAUUAGAAACUAAUCUGCAGAAUAUUAUUGCUCGUCAUGGUAUUAAUACUGAAGAACCGUAUGAUUGGGAAAUUAAUUAUGAAAAUCUUGGCUCAAAAGUUCGCUUGAAUGGUACAAUUCCAACACGAAAUCGUUCACAUACAACUGCAAUGAAAGAUCGUUUAAUAGAGGAUAAAAACAGAGGAUUGGAUACUCAAGCACCAAUUACGAUGGGUGAAGAGGAAGAUGACCAUGAUCAUACUGGUCAUCAUAUCAAGCAUUCUUCUACUGCAGAAAAAGGAACACACGAUAAACCUAAAUAUAAACGGCAAGAAUUCAUGAGGCCUAAAUAUAGUGCCGUGAAUUUUGAUGUGAUCGAUGCAGUAAAUGCAAGGUUAGCUGCUGCGGCAUCAACUAGUGGUGCUGAUGUAUUCAGUAAGCUACGAAUUGAAACAUCAGUUGAUAAUGAAGAAAAGAAGUUCGGUGAUGUCGAGGUAACAUUUCAAAUACCACUUAAUGCCUCAAAAACAACUGGAUGCCAGGAAAAAUCAAAUCGAACACACCAAAAACGAAAUAAGACAGUACCGCCUAAUACCAAUGAGAAAAGUUUAAAGAGCAAUCGUUCAUUAACGCUUUCGAGCGGCAAGAGAUAUGGCAAAAAAAUGACUGAUGCACCGUCAGCGAUUGAGCAAACAUAUGCUCAAGCGGAUUCCGAAACCGGUAUUAGCAGUCAUUUGAAAGCACCAACAAUUAUUAGUCGAUGGCACGGCUCAUUCGAUGAAUCUUAUGGCGAUGGUGAAGCAGCAGCAAAUGUUGAUUGUUUGCGCAUCGAAAAAUCUGAUAAUAGUGGAAGUAAAUACUCACCGCUGACUGGAAAGCAUUGUUCAGCAGCUGUUCCACCAUUUUCACGAUCUAAUAUACAUACUACUACCGCAACCACUACUACCACUACUACCACUACUACUACUGCUACUACUGCUGCUGCUUCUAUUACUACUACUAGUGCUACUAAUGAUGCAAAAAAUGGCAAACAAAUAUUGAUUUCCUCAAGUUCCAAUGUGCUUCCAUACAACAUUCGUUUAUUCAAAGCAAUAUCAACCCCCAAAUCAACCGUAGUAUCCGCGCUACCUUCGGUAUCAGUAUCACCACAAAUAACCGUAACUCCUCCUGUUACCCGAACAUUAUUUACCUCUCCUCAAACUAUCACACCAACUAAAACAACCUUUCAACCAUUGUUACAUGCAAUGGCACCAACAAGUUCAACUGUGCAAUCAGCAUCUACUUCAUUAAUGAUGCAUUUCAAGAAUCUUGUAAAUACAUUCAAUUCAUUUACGAAUAGUAGUGGCGCUGGUGGUAAUACCUCUCCAUCAUCGUCAAAUAUUUCUCAUCGUCCAGAAAGAUCCAAACGCUUUUCAUUAGAUAAUAAUGCAAUUUCAAUACAAUUUCAACGUUUUGCUACACAAUUAAGCACUGAUAAUCAUAAUGUUAAUAGUGACAAGAAUAGUGAAACUGCUACAAACUUAAAUGAUUUUAAGGUUAGUAUUUUGAUAGAAACAAGUACUAACAGCAAUACUGAUCAGGAAAAAGAACUACGAAGACAGCGACGUUUGCGGAGACGAUCUAUAUGUCAAGAAAUGUUCUCAACUAAUGAGUCAACAUGGAAGAAUUCGGAACGACAUCCUGAAAUAGUUAGGCAAACCGAAAGCAUUGAUGAGACAGGAAGAUCAGUUAAGAGAAGUACGAGUGAAAAACAUUUGCUUAAUAACGGGAUCGAAGGAACAUCACCAUCGGAUGGGGGAAGUCAAGUUACAGAAGAUUCCAAAUGGCGUGUACUUAAUUUAAGACGGAAAAGAUAUCAGUUUCUUGGUUUAACACCAUCACCACCACGUACAGCAAUGCAAUCUUGA